AUGAAUUUAAUGAUGUAACUUAAAAAAGUUUGCAAUCAUCCCUAUUUAUUCAUGAAUAGUGAUUCUUAUGAAAUAAAUGAUAUGAUUUGGAGAGUUUCAGGAAAGUUUGUAUUAUUAGAUAGAAUGUUACCAAAAUUAAUAAGAUCAGGACAUAGGGUUCUAAUAUUUACUUAAAUGACACAUGUAAUGGAUAUAUUAGAAGAAUAUUUUAAAUUAAAUGAAAAUUAUAUCAAAUAUUUAAGAUUAGAUGGGACUACAAAAGCAGAUGAUAGAGGUGAAUAAAUGGCUUUGUUUAAUUAACCGAAUAGUCCUUAUAAUAUAUUUAUUUUAUCAACAAGAGCUGGUGGUUUAGGUUUAAAUUUAUAAACAGCAGACACUGUAAUAAUAUUUGAUUCUGAUUGGAAUCCUUAAAUGGAUUAAUAAGCAUAAGAUAGAGCACAUAGAAUAGGUUCUAAAAAUGAAGUAAGAGUAUAUAGAUUAGUUACUAAUACUUGGAUUGAGGAAGUUAUUUUAACUAAAGCGGCUUAUAAAAUGGGUUUAGACGAAAUGAUUAUUUAGGCAGGGUUAUAUAAUUAGAAAUCAACAGAUAAUGAUAGGAAAGAAAAAAUAGAACAUCUUUUGAGAAAGAGAAAAAGAUAUGAUGGAGUUGAUGAUGAAAUUCCUAAUGACGAGUAAUUAAACGAAAUGCUAUAUAGAAACGAAGAAGAAUAUCAACUAUUUGCUUAAAUGGAUUAAGAAAGAUUAGAAAAUGAAAAGGAGAGGUAUUAAUAUUUUGCUAAUAAUAUUUUAAAAGGAGAAGAAGAAGUUAAAAAUAUUAAUUAUAGAUUAUGUAAUUUAGAUGAAGUUCCCGAUUGGAUAAAAUCAAGUAAAUAAGAAAAAUAAGAAAAUAGAUAAUAUGGUAGAGGUACUAGAUAAAGAAAAUAAAUUAAUUAUUCAGAUGAAGCUAUGGAUUAAUAUUUUUUGAAAUUAGUUGAGAAAAAUCCUUCUGAAAAAGAAGUUAUAAGUGAUGAAGAAGAUGAUUGUUAUGAAGAGUAUAAAGGAGAUUAAAGUUACUAUAAUGAAGAUAAGAAAAAAAAGAAGAAAAAAAAUUAAUAAAAUUAAGAAUAAUAAGAAGAUAAUAUUAAUAAAUAUAUUAGCGACAAUUAAGAUAAUGAAAUCGAAUUUGAAUAUUAAGAAUAAAUUAAUGACGAAAAUUGA